AUGCCCGAGUGUGAUCUCGUGUCUUGGAAUUCCAUUCUUGCGGCAUACGCCCAGAACGGGCAUGUAGAGGGAGCGAAACGUGUUUUCGAUUCUAUGGAGGCUCGUGACCUUGUGUCAUGGACGACAAUCUUGGUUGCCUUGUCGCAGGGCGGAGAUUUGCACGGAGCAAAACUUUUGUUUGAUGCAAUGCCGCAGCACGACCUCGUCGCCUGGACCGCGGUUCUUGGCGUGUACGCACUGAACGAGGAUGUCGAUUCGGCACAGAGGAUUUUCCGCGAGAUGCCUGAGAUAGAUCUCGUUUCGUGCAACACCGUGAUGCGAUGCUGCCGUGAUGCUAGACCAUCAAAGCUUAUAUUUGACUCCAUGCCACAGAGAGCUCUCUCGUCGUGGACAACAAUGCUCGCUGUUCUUGCCAAGAACAGCCCCGGGGAGGAAACCAAGAGCUUUUUCUAUCAAAUGCCGGAGCUUGAUCUUACUUCCUGUACGAUAAUGUUGCUCUCACAACCCUCAGACUUGGAGCUUGUGAAGGCCACCUUUGAUCAAAUGCCGCAGCGAGACCUGUGCUCUUGGAACUCUGUUCUUUCGGCGUAUGCCCAAUCAGGGCAUUGUGACUUUGCUUUAAGACUCUUUAACGAGAUGCCCGAAAUGGAUAUGGUUUCGUGGAACACAAUGUUAAAUGCGUUUUUUCUGCAUUUUCCCGAGAAGGCCAUAUUGUAUACGCAAGGAAACUUUUUGAUUCAGCCCCUGACAGAGACCAAAUCUUGUGGAGCUCCAUGA